AUGCUUUCCACCACUUAUUCCUCCUCUUCGUCCUCAACCUCGUCUUCAACGAGUGUAAAGCAGACGGUCCACGUUGAUGGCCAGGUCCACGUUGAUCGCCAUGUUCAUGUGGAUGGUCAUGUGGGUAGCCAAGUCCAAUUUACCAAGCAGUGCCCAUAUGGUGGUGCCCCUACCCUUGCAAUCACUGUCCAUAGUGCUACAGUCUUGAAGGAUGUUGAGGCUUUUGGCAAGCAAGAUCCUUAUCUUCGUCUGAGUCUCGAUCUCGACAACGCAAAGUCGUUCCAAAAGACAUUUGUUCACAAGAAUGCUGGCAAGAAUCCGGUGUGGAACCAGUCGUUCACAUUGCCAUUGAAUGGUGAGUCUGAACUGUAUAUCGAGAUUAUGGACGAAGAGACAACCGCCGAUGCAGUGAUUGCGUACGCAGCUAUCCCCAUAAACCAGGUGAUCCAUGCAGCUGGUGGCUCCUUCAAUGGCACUUUCGAAGUCUAUACAGCAGGUGGCAAGCCCAAUGGUACAGUCGACUUGACCUUAACUGCGUACAAUGUCCCCGGUUUGCAAACCACGAGCGUGAAGAACCAUAAUACUUCGUCCGCUACGACCAGCUUUGUCCGUGGUCAAUCUCAUAUUAAUGAGAUUCAUCAGAAGCGCAUCAGGUCAAUUAAGAACAAAGAGGCUAUGGCGGAUGCUGGAAUGGCGGUUGCGGGUGGUUUGUUAGCGGUCGCAGGGGGUCUAUUGGCCAACAAGGUGUCGAAUGAUCAGAGAAGGCAAGAGCAAGAGAGGAAGGAGGCCGAAUAUCAAAAGCAGGUGGAGCGAGAGAAGUUUGAGAGUGAAAGGAAGAGGUUUGAAGAGGAGCGAGCCUCGUUCGAGAGAGCUCAGGUGGAAGAACAAACAAGACUGGAAAGAGAGCAGAUUAAGAUUUCGUCAUCCUCGUCGUCGUCUUUAGAGAGAAGAGAGGAGCACUAUAAUAGUAAUCAUCAGGAUAGGAGCAGGUGUGAGCAUAACAGUGGUAACCAUUGUCAUGACAGGCAUAGCUGUAGCUGUAGCUGUAGUCAUUGUCAUGGUUCCUGCGAUGGUGGGCACAGCAAGAAGCAUGGCACACGCGAUUGGGAUCCUGUAGGAACGUAUGCUGCAGGUGACAAGGUCAAGUACCAUGGCCGCGACUACAUUUGUCUUCAGGGCCACACUUCGAAUCCAACCUGGGAACCCACGCAAGCACACUCUCUCUGGCGCGCAGACUAA